CGCUGACGGGUCGUUAGCGGAUACGGUGGCCGUAGGGGUGGUGCCAGCGGCCUCUGCCCGGCUCGGCGCCCGGCUCGGGGCCUGACUUGGCCUUCUCGUCUCGCGGCUGCGGUUCCACCAUGGCUCCCAAAGGCGGCUCCAAGCAGCAGUCCGAGGAGGACCUGCUUCUGCAGGAUUUCAGCCGCAACCUCUCGGCCAAGUCCUCGGCGCUCUUCUUCGGAAACGCCUUCAUCGUGUCCGCCAUCCCCAUCUGGCUAUAUUGGCGAAUAUGGCAUAUGGAUCUUAUUCAGUCUGCUGUUCUGUAUAGUGUGAUGACCCUAGUAAGCACUUAUUUGGUAGCCUUUGCAUACAAAAAUGUGAAAUUUGUUCUCAAGCACAAAGUAGCACAGAAGAGGGAGGAUGCUGUUUCCAAAGAAGUGACUCGAAAACUUUCUGAAGCUGAUAACAGAAAGAUGUCUCGGAAGGAAAAAGAUGAAAGAAUCUUGUGGAAGAAGAAUGAAGUUGCUGAUUAUGAAGCUACAACAUUUUCCAUCUUCUAUAAUAACACCCUAUUUCUGGUCUUGGUCAUUGUUGCUUCCUUCUUUAUAUUGAAGAACUUCAACCCCACAGUGAACUACAUUUUGUCCAUAAGUGCCUCCUCAGGCCUCAUCGCCCUCCUGUCUACUGGCUCCAAGUAGAGCACGUCAGCUUCCCUCCACUGCCCUGGCUUUGUGUCUAUGGGUGGCCUGUGGUAUAUGGGAAAGUAGCAGGGUGGUCAGGGUGGAAGACACACAAGCUGUUUUUGUAAGUCUGGAGUUUGAGGGUUUGAAAAACCCAACAAAAUGUAAUUCAUUAUUUGUUUAUUGGCUCUUUUUUUUUUUUUGACAGAUUGUUGAAAUUAAAUGAAUUGAAAGGGAAA